CAGUUGCGUAACAGAGAGUACAUGAACUGAUGCUCCUGCUGGGUCACAAAGCUUUUCUUUAAUCAACACGACGUCACAGACGUAGCCAUGAUUUGUGUCAGCGAAGCUCUGGCACAGACUCCGUCAUUGUGCCCGCUGUGUGUGUGUGGGGGUCAUUCACAGUUGAAAACAUUCAUGUCAUGCUUUAGUCUCGCUCAAUGAGUAACAUGUUUCUGCGGCUCAAUGAUUCAUCAGUGUCGAGUCUUAACUUAGGAUUCUGCAUGUCAAACUUGAGACUGACGCCAAGUAGCGUUUCCAACCGCCUCCCGUGCACUCACAUGAAUGACAAUAUUGUGGCAGAGGGAGAGCACGUGCUGCGAGGAGGAGACGGGGAGAGCGGAGACAGAGCAGCAGCAGCAGCAGCACAGACGAGGAAGGGUCGAUGGACCGAAAUGGGAAGAAAGCUGUGGUAGGAGGAGAGGAAGGACAUGCCAAGAACAAGACCACGAUGAGAGACGUUGAACCAAAAUAUGCUGCUCAGGGGAGGCUGCAGUCAGUGUGAGGGUUUAGAGGAUGAAUGGAAAGGACUUUUUGGAGUUCUUCGAAGUGGACUGUCAGCAGUAGAACAACCAGCAGGAUGCACCUGGUCGUGAAACCUUCACAUAAAGCCAUGAUAACCGUGCUGCCUCACUUUGUGGAGAAAGCUGCUCUGACUCGGAGGGAGAUUUGUCGCAUCCUCAGUGAGAGCUUCUUCAUGGUCAAAGGAGCCGCCCUCUUCCUCCAGCAGGGCGGCAGUGCACAAGGACCAAAGACCCCGACCCACCACAAACAUGCAGGUGAUUUACCUCAACACCUCCAGGUCAUGUUUAAGGUCCUCCGGUCUGAAGAUCGCAUUAAACUGGCUGUACGGUUAGAGAGCGGAUGGUCGGACCGAGUGCGCUACAUGGUGGUUAUCUACACCAAUGGCCAUCAAGACACAGAAGAAAACAUCGUCCUGGGAAUGGACUUCACAGAUAAAGACAGUAAAAAUUGCUCUAUUGGGAUGGUGCUGCCACUGUGGAGUGACACCAACAUACAUUUAGACGGAGAUGGAGGCUUCAGCGUGAACACAGCAGGGCGGUCACAUGUCUUCAAGCCUGUUUCUGUCCAGGCCAUGUGGUCUGCCCUGCAAGUCCUCCACAAAGCAUGCGAGGUGUCACGUCGGUUCAACUACUUCCCGGGGGGUAUUGCUCUCACGUGGAUGGCCUUCUAUGAGAGCUGCAUCACCUCAGAGCAAAGCUGCAUCAAUGAGUGGAACGCUAUGACCGACCUGGAGACCACCCGGUCCGAUUCACCCACCAUGUUUGUCGACCGGCCAACUGAGCGAGAGAGAACAGAAUGUCUCAUUAAAGCUAAGCUACGCAACAUCAUGAUGUUUCAAGACCUGGAGAACAUCACAUCAAAGGAGAUUCGUAAUGAGCUGGAGCAGCAUAUGAGCUGCAACCUCAAAGAGUACAAGGAGUUCAUAGACAACGAGAUGCUUUUGAUCCUGGGUCAGAUGGACAAGGCCACACUUAUCUUUGACCACGUGUACUUGGGCUCUGAGUGGAACGCUUCAAACCUGGAAGAACUACGUGACUGUGGAGUGGGUUACAUCCUGAAUGUUACCAGAGAGAUCGACAACUUCUUCCCAGGGAUGUUCUCUUAUCACAACGUCCGUGUGUACGAUGAGGAUGCCACCGACCUGCUGGCGCACUGGAACGACACCUACAACUUUAUUGUCAAAGCCAAGAAGAACAAUUCCAAGUGCCUGGUGCACUGUAAGAUGGGGGUGAGCCGGUCUGCCUCUACAGUUAUUGCCUAUGCAAUGAAAGAGUACAGCUGGUCUCUGGAGAAGGCCUACAACUUUGUUAAGCAGAAACGCAGCAUAGCUCAGCCAAACGCUGGUUUCAUGAGACAGCUGGCAGAGUAUGAGGGGAUCCUCGAUGCUAGCAAACAGCGCCACAACAAGCUAUGGAGGCCUGAGACUGAUGAAGAGGGAUCAGAUGAUUUGCAAGCCUCUGGCCACUGCGCUGGUGGGGAAGAGACACCAGUGCUCAGAGAGGAAGAAGCCUGGGGAGGCUGCGGGGCAUCUCCCUGCAGAGGUAUGGGUCUGGAGAUGGAGCCCCUUGACUCUCUGAACUAUAAUUACUACUUCAGGCGUUUGUCAGACUCAGCACUAGACAGUGAGCCCUCCACCCCAGUGCGGGGCCCCCCUCUGCUGGGUAUGGAGAGAGUCUUCAUUGAGAUUGAGGACGUGGAGAGGGACGCCCUGUUGGAGGACGAGGGUUUCCCUAUGGCCCAUUUAGCACUGCCCGGUGAGGGCACAGCAGCUCAGACGUGUGGACGUCUCGACCCCCUGGAGGACAUGAGACUGAGACUCGAGUUCAGUACUUUGGAGGAAGAGGAUGAGGAAGAGGCAAAGAAAGAGGAAGCGGAGAUGGCGGCCUUGGCUCAAACGCCUGGAAAUUCGGAUGGGAAGAGGGCAGGGGAGGAGGCUGAGAGGACGGAGGAAAGCCGGUUGGGCCUAGCCAACCUGAACACCAACAACAGCAACCGCCUAGCUGCAAAACGCAGCUGCCCUGCAGCUUUUGACGACAGUGCUAGCACAGGAAACCCUUUAAAAGUGAAGCCCUCCUAUCAGUCCUGUAAAGACUGCCUGCGUCUGCCACAAGGCCGGCGUUGUGACCGUCCAGCAGGAGGUCGUUCCCACCGCCUUAACCCCUCCCGCCAUUGCACUGUCCCUUCCAUAUGCAUAGAUCCGCCCGGGACAAAUUUUGCUUCAACUCCAAUUCUGCAGUCCCUGCCUGCCCCUGCAGUUAUCCCGCCUACUUUGGUCCAGCCCUGCACUCACCUUUACCGCUGUGCCACCUGCGCCCUAGGUGUCCCAUCUUUCCCAUCAGCCAACCGCCAGAAACUGGUCUCACCCAUGAGCUGUGAGGACACGCCUCCUGACCGCAGCUCAGUGGAGACAGAGGACAUGGAUGAACCGCAGGGCGGGCACGUGGAAGUACAAAUAUCAAGGGAGGGUACGGGGGCCAUCGACGUGACUACCACUGAAGGUUUGAAGUUACAACCUGGCGGUGCAGUGGAGCUCCAGCAGCAGGCUCUGGCCCAGCUGCAAAUGCCAGGACUGGGGAUAGAAUUCGGUCUGGAACUGAUGCGACAGAGGGCGGAGCGGCUUGAAAAGCUGCCAAGCUUGGCCAUGGAGGGCCAGCUCCCAGUGGGGCCCCUGCCUUAAGGGAAGAGAAUGAGGAGGAGGAGGCUCACCACUGCCUCCACCAGGCACACUAUGAUGGCUGUGGGCCUGUGGUGUUGUACCAGAAACGAAGCUCUGCUCUGAUCAUGUCCCGGCCUCAAGCUCCUAUGUAACAAGCUGCAACAGCCCUCUGUGCAUUCACAGAGUGUCCUGACAUUGUCUGCUGGCAUGAAGAUCCAGAUUAGGCUGGUUGUUUUUACCAUAUGCUAAAGGCUUGAAUGCUUCUGGCUAAACUGGGACUGAAGAAUUUCUUGUGUCCUUCACGUGUCCCUCAGAUCUAUUUUGAGGCCUGUCUGGUCUCUUCUGAACCUGCCCGCCCCACCCCACUUACAGGAUCAUCACACUCCCUCCCACAGCCCGGUGGAGAUGAGCAUUACGCUGCCAUUUUACCCUCAACAGACAGGUUUGGUGUUUUCCCAGAACAGGAGACAGUGGAGGUUUAUAAGAUGUAAUUGUUAUCCCUUUCUGACUCCUGAGAGAUCUGUAGUUUGACACUUUGACGUUGAUGGAAAGAAAAAUACCUGGAGUAACAUGCUUCUGUCAGUGUACUGUAUGUUUUUCAAUCCAGCUCAUCAACAGUAUCAACAGGAGCUCAAUGAAUGUUUGCCAUUGAGCCCCAUUGAUUGCAUUCAGUAUCACCUCAUGUUACCACUGAUAACUGAAUCCUCAUUUAACUUCACUUAUACUUUCCCUGCUGCAGCUGCUUUUGCAUCACAAGAGGGCAUUUCAUGUGAAAGCAUAAUCAUCUUUUUAGAGAAAAAAAGGAAGUGAGCAUAUGUGAGCCUUUUUCUGCCUCUUUGAAAAGCGUCGUACCUCGGACCACAAGCAUCUCAGACUGUUUUGGUCAAAGACUGUUUUGUCUCUGCUCAGUGGUUGGUUCAUCCUGAUCCGUUCCAUUAAAGUUAAUGUAAUCAUGUCCUUAAAGUGCUCAGUUUAGCCACGCAUGACUGCAGUAUUACGAAACAUAUCCUCAACGUGCUUCAGCAGAAAACAUAUUAAAGUCGUCUUUAAUUUUCAGUGAGUUUUUAAAUACUGAAAAUUUAACAGAUUGAAAUUUGUCAUUAUUCAGUUUAUGUGACAACAAAGGGCGUCGGUAAAGUGAUUGAAUUGAACUCCUUUUCUUAUGCCUCAAAGAACGACUGAAGAAAUACUUUUCUCUUGUUGAAAGAUGUUACAACAUUCAGGCAUCAUGAAACAUUCAUGAGCGUAAAUAUCAUUCUUUGUCAGAUAAUUUCUGAUGUAACCAAAGCCAUAUCAUGUCUCCAGGUCCAGUUUAUCAUCUUUCUGAUUAUAGCCAACAAAGACGCUCAGCGCAAUUUCCUUUGACCAGUUACACAUACUUUUUUUUUUACCUUCUUACCCAGCCUGGAUCUGGGUAGUCAUUUAUCUAAGAGGCUCCCAUGGUUAACAUGGCUCACCCACUUACCUUUUUGUUAAUAUUUUGAAAAACCUCAGACUACAAAUAUUUUCAAAAGCACACCAGUUAUGUAUAGACAUAGCACUUAAACACAACUCCAGUACCCAUUCACAGGAAUAUUUCAGAUCUAUAGCUACAUCUAAUAAGAAUUCAUUUAAAAACACUGAGGCAGAAAUAGAGACAAUAGAAAGAAGUAGUUUGAUAUUCUUUAAGUUACAGUCAAUACCAGAUGCUGCUGUAAAUUUUGUUGAUAAUUUACUGCACUCCAGUUGUUAUUAUUUGGACUUUCAAAUUACCAAUUGAAAUAUUUGAAUUUACAGUGUGAAAAUUAGAAUGAGUAUUGAUUAAUUUAUUCACAAGAUUAGAUUUCCUUUAUUUUAAAUACAGAAAUGUAACCUAUCAAGAAAACUGCAAAGCCCAGCUUAACAGGUUUUAGACAUCUCAAUUCUUCUCCUCCUGCAGUUGGUUAAUUGAAGUUUUUCAUUUGGUAUUUAAACCUUUUCAUUUUGUAUGUGUUCAAAUAGCUUGAGGCAUAUUUUUAAACUGUUGCGUUAAAAUUGUGCCACCAAUCCAAAGUUGCUGUGCCACAGGGUGUUACUCUGCAAGUUCCUCUGUUUGGUUGAUGUUGUGUUCUUACCGUUUUUGGCACGCUGGGUGUGCUAGAAUGAUACUAAAUGAUGCCUGUUUGUUUGCAGGGAAAGCACAUAUAAGUGUUAUUACUGUGUUUAAAGAUCUGAGUGCUUCAGAAGAAAUGAAAACUGUGCAAAGAAUGAAUGCAAAUUAUUUCAUCAUCUUUAAUCAUGGGAUUAUUCUCAUUUUUGUAGAUUUUGCUUUUCUUCUAUUAGAUCAGUAGAAACUUAGAUAAACAACAAUAAUGCAUCCUCUGUUCCUUCUCCUCCCUUAACUGGAUCCCAGGGAGCUGCAGGUUUGCUCCACUAGUUAGAUUUAAGUAAUUUGGUUUUGCAUUUAACUUGUUCUUUCCCUCAUGUGGCCAUUUGAGCAUGAUGUAACAUAAGGCACUUACAGAAAGUUGUUGACAGUAUCAGAUACCACACACAGAAUAAUAGAAAUAGAAAAAAAAAGUUGUAGUUAUCAUAAGGUAGUUUAUGAAUAUUGCAGCUAAAAGAAUUAAGUGAUGUCAAAAAGUGGAGAGCUCACUGAGGGCUCUGAAAGACAGAUUAAAUGACUAGUUUGACAUUUUGGGAAAUUUGUUUAUUUGCCCUCUUGUCAAAAGGUAGAUGACAAGACUGAUACCGCUGUCAUGUGUGUAUGGUAAAUAUUAAGUAACAGCUAGCUGCCAGUUAGCUUAGCCUAACACUGACUGGGGAAAAACCACUAGCCUGGUUCUGUCGGAAGAUAAGAAAAUCCCAUGACCAGUAUCUCUUUUGUUUAAUUCUUACAAAAAUAAAAGUGUAAAACAACAUCUAGUUAUUUUUACACUUUACAACUGUGAGCUAGAGUGGCGCUAACAGGCAGAUUUUGUUUAACCUUUGGAUAGACCUACGCUAUAUGUUUCUUUACUUCUAGACUAUAUGCUAAGCUAAACCACCACUGGCUAUGAUCAUAUUUACCACACAGACAAGAAAGUGAUUUUGAUCUUUUCUCUUGGCAAGAAAACAAAUAAGCCUACCUCCCAAAAUCUCAAACCGUUCCUUUGAUACAUUCUUAAUAUGACUCUAAUUUCAGCCAGUUGUUGUCAGUAUGUUAUUGCUCUUGACAGGUGGGCCUGAUGAGGGUGCUUGACAUUUACGUGAUGUUACCCGCACUACAACCUUCUGUUCACGUUCCCAGACCAUAGCACUAUGUUCGCUUCUUUGCUUCAUGUGUUGAAUUUGUUUUCGCAUUUAAGUGCCUUAACCUCGGCCUUAGCUGUGUCAUAAAGCAUCACAGGCUUUGCAAAGUUUCUGUGAGUGUGUUGAUGGUCUGGUUUCAUUGUACAUUAUUUACCCUCACUCCCAAUAAUAACCAUGCUCCUCGCAAUGUAUAACUUGGCACAUAAUAUAAUGUAUGCAAACACACAUAAGCUCAUGCACAGCAGCCUCCUCUCCCUCGAUACACACAUACUUGAUGGACUUCCAUUUAUUAAUAGCCUAUAAUAAUAUUGUAUUUGUUUGAUAUUGUUGUGGUACACUGUAUUGGUUCAAUAGCUGGCUGAAGAACCUUACUUGCUGGAAUGAGAACUAUCAUUUACAUUAAAACAUUAGAUAAGAAGGAUUUAAGUCUCUGAAAUUUACCAGUCUGUAUAUAUUUUUCUCUACAAUUUGCUAUUGAAGUACAUUAGCUUGCAGAUGUGGUCAAUAUUAAGAAAAGCACUGAUAAUGCUACUGUGUAUUGAGGAAUACUUAUAAUUAAGUUCUCGUGUUUGCACCACAGAAAAAAAAAAGAUUUCGGGCCAUCUCUAAUUUAGACAAAUGUCUUCAGGCUCUAUUAAAAAUGGCAAUGAUUGUUUUUAUUGCAUUAUUCCCAGGCAGCAGGCAUCAAACUGACAAUCCUACUUAAGGGCCAGAAGUUGAGGAACGACAUUAAGACAUGUUGUAACUUCAGUAGGGAGGGUGCAGGCAUUUAUAGAGUGUAUUCGUAGAGCACAAGUCUGCCCCAAAGCAUGUGAGUAUGAGAUGAGUUGAAAAUACAGAACAUGAAAAACCUACCUGGGAGUAAGAUUUUGUUACGUUGAUUGGUUUUUUGUUAACUUUUGUGUACUGUACUGUACAUUGCCAAUGUUCAUGUGUAAUGCACUUUUUUUUACAUUUUGUUAAAAUGAUGUCCAGUCUAAUGUUUAUCAUGGAAAUAAACCAUUUCCUCUGCAUAA